AUGGAAGAAAACAAAAAUUUACAAAUUUUAAAUAAUUUGGAAACAACAACAAAUUCCUCAGACAUUGAAAUAGAUGAUAAAUUAUUAAUUAAUGGAAUUGAAAAUACCCAAGAUUUGCGUGAUUGUUUAGCAAAUAUAGAACAAGAAUUACAACAAAUUGGUCAAUUAACAGUUGAAGAUUGUAUUAAUAAUGGAGAUAAAAUUGCUGAUUUGGCUAAUGAAAUUGAACAGUGUGACGGGAUUUUGGAGGGAAUGGAAAAUAUGUUAGUCAAUUUUUUGGGUGAUCUGGGCAAAAUUAGUGGGGAUAUGAAACAUUUGAAGGAGCAAUCAAUUGAAAUUAAUCAACAAUUAAAUAAUCAUCAAAGAGUUAGAGCAGAGCUUAGCCAGUUUGUUGAUGAUAUGGUGGUUCCACAUUCGAUGAUAAAGUUGGUUUUUUUAAGAUUUUCAAAAAAAUUUUUUGCGGACAAAAAAUUUUUGUCCGCAAAAAUUUUGCGGACAAAUUUAAAAAAUGUUUUUUUCAGAAUAAUAACAGAAAAAGAUGUAAACAGCACAGAAUUCUUAGAACAGCUUCAUGAACUUCAGCACAAAUUACAAUUUAUUAAAACUCAACAAUUUAAGGACGCAAAAUCUGUUGGGGAUGUAAGAGAUGUUGUGGAGAAUUUGAAAUAUAAGGCAUUAGAAAAAAUUAGAGAAUGGCUACUUUUAAGAAUUUCUUUGUUUCGCAAACCUUUGACAAAUUAUCAAAUCCCUCAAAAUGCUUUGCUUAAAAAUAGGUUUUUUUUUAAUUUUAAAUUAAUUUUAAAUAUUUUUUAUUUUUUGAUUUUUCUACGAAUUUCUUCUUGGAAAUGAUCGUCAAGUUGCUUAUGAA